AUGAUCCUUGGUGGCAUCUCGCAAUUCUUCACCGAGGCCAACGGAUUCCAAUCCUUCAUCAUUGGUGUCUACGUCAUCCUCUUUGGUGCCGCCAUUGGCCUCCUCGAAUUCCAGAUCCCGCCUCAGGUGUCGCGAUACGCCUCGUUUCUCUUCUCCUUCAUUGGCCGUGGUAUCUUCUACAUCUUCAUGGGAUCCAUUCUUCUCGGCGGUGGCGUCCUCCGCAUCAUUGCCGGCUCCCUCGUCGGCCUCAUCGGCGUCGGCUACGCCGUCCUCGAGUUUAUCCCCUCUAUUGAGCCCCCGGCCAACAUGCGCGAGGCCGACGCCGGCUGGGGUGCCGAGCAGGUCUAA